AUGGCGCCGGGGCGGCGAGGGGGUGGUCGUGACGGCAGCAGGAGGUGGUGCCGGAGUGGGGCCGCGCGGACGGGCGCCGGGCACGGAGCGCUAGACGCAGCCAGGGGGCGCGGCCACGCGCGGCGCACGGGCGCGGGCAUCUCCGGGCGAAGGGUUCGUGCGGCGUGGGGCUCGGGGCGGGUUACGACCGGUCAGGGCAGGGGAAGGGACCGCGCCUGGGCGAGAGGAGCGGGACAGCGCCAGCGCGCACUGGGCGCGGCGUGGACGGCGAUUGCGGGGCCGUCGGGCGGGGCCAUGGGCGUGGCGACGAGGCGAGCCUACGCGGGCGCGUCGCUGGCAGUAGCAGCACGGCAGGUGCGAGGCGCUGGUAGAGGGAAAGGGGAGGCCGUGGGCCUCACCAGCGGUGGAGGGAAGCGGGGGCGGCGUGGCUCGAGGAGGCCGGUCGGGGAUGAGGUCGAGGUGGGCGUCCGGCGGCGCUGGGUGAAGCAGAGGCGGGGAACGGGGCGGUCCUGCGAUGGAGAGGCGGGCGUCGGGGUGGCGCCGGGGACGCGCGCCGGCGUCAGGCAUCGGGGAGGCGGGCGCAGUCCGGUGGGGAGGAAGAUGGGGAUGCGGUGCAGGAGGUUGGGAGCCACGAGGAGGAGGCCGGGGUGGCGGUGCUCGGCGCCGGCGGGCGGCGGCCUCAGGGGAGCGGCGGCUCGGGUGCCCGCUCCACCGGGUGUGCGUGCGUGCGUGUGGCGGCGCGGGUGA